AUAGUUGAUAUUUGCUAGAUGACAGUCAGCUUGUGGAGCCUGUGUUUUUGGUUUUAGAGUGGACUGUACCUUUAAGUUUUUGUUUGAUUAUUGGUCAUUUAUAAGAAUCUGGGAACUCUUGGACAUAUCUCGACCCUUUGUAGUAUCACUGUUUGAUGAAAUGAUCUUUGACAGGCAGUGGAUUGGACUGUUUAACUUCUACAUAUCACUAAAUCAUGAAUGAGUAUGAAUAACUGCAGCUGACGUCUGUACUGAAAAACUAAAACCUGAAAUAGAAUCUGUUUAAUGUUUCUGUUGAUGUUAUGAUCUGCUGACAGCCUGCACACUGCUGCUGAUUCUGACAGAAGCUUAUGAAACAUAGUUGUUAAUAGUAGGAAGAUCCCAGUUUAUAUCACUGAAAGUCUGAGUGUAAAGUUUACACAAUCACAUGAUGUUUAUGAAAUCAAAACAACUGAGUCACACCACAGAGACGAGAGCGGAGGUCGCUGCAGCAGCUCAGUUUCCAACAAUGAAAUCUUUUUUUUCUGAGCACAAACUCAAACUGAGCGAAAAGCCAACGCCAGUCUGACAUCUGAGAGGAAGUGCUUUUGAUUUCAUGUCUCGUUUGACAGCUUUUCGAUGAUUAAUGACCGUUCAGUGGGCUCAUGUUGUGUGUGUGUGUGUUUUUCAUAAUCUGGGAGUGAAGGAAACAGAAGCAUUAAUAGGCUGAUUAUUAAUAUGCAGCAUGAAUAUGACUCGCUGCGUUUCACUUUUCAUUUUCAUUAACGUAAUUUGAAGCUGCAGGUUUAAAGACACGUCCCCCCGGUUUUGGGAGAUAAAGUCAAAUUCAGCAGUCGGCGGAAGCUCUCUCUCCAGGAUUUGGUUCAAAGAUUGGAGCUGUUGUGGCCCGGCUCCUGAGUCCUGGCUGCCGUCCUUGUGCCCAUGAAAAAGAGCCUUUACAGAGUGCCUUCUUUUAAAACACAGGGGGUGGGGGGUGGAGGUGGGGCUUGAACAUACAUAAGAGGCUAAGACGGCCCGCCAGUCCAAUUUGCUGUUGCUUAACCUAUACGAGGAAGCUGAUUGGACCUUUCCAUUCAUUUAGAGCCUCUUUAUUCUCUCCUGGGGCUUGUUAGAGAGUAAUCCUCUUGGAUCGGUCUUCUAUUGGAAGAGAAACACUGCGUUAGUGAUGGGCACAGGCUGGUUACUCAGUACUGAGGCUUUAUCCUGGAUGUCGGGUGAGGACAACGUGACUGGGGGACAGCCCCAGGGCUCGGUGCUGCAGCCUUUCUGGGACUACCUCCACCAGAACCACCACGACCUCCUGAGGAGCCCUCCCUUCCCUGUGGUCCUCUCCGUCACCACCUACUUCUUCCUGGUAGGUGUCUACACCGUGCUGGACCUGCUGGCGCCCACCUGGCCCAGCAUUAACCGCUACAGGCUUCAUCCUGACAGACCCGUCACCUGGCAGAACAUCUGGACCACCCUUGGCGUCACCAUCUACAACCACCUGCUCUACAUCUUUCCUGCUACGGUCGCCCAAUGGCUGUGGAGGCCGCCCACCCCGCUGCCCCGUGAGGCGCCCACUUUCUGGAGCUUCAUCCUGGGCAUCCUGGGCUGCAUGGUGGUCUUCGACUUCCAGUACUACGUGUGGCACCUACUGCACCACCAGGUGCCGUGGCUGUACCGCACCUUCCACGCCGUGCACCACCAGUACAACCAGACUUUCAGCCUCGUCACCCAGUACCUGUCUGGCUGGGAGUUAUUCAACUUGGGACUCUGGGCUACGAUAGACCCGAUCCUGCUGCAGUGCCACUGCCUCACAGCCUGGGGCUUCAUGGUCUUCAACAUCUACGUCUCCAUCGAGCAGCACUGUGGCUAUGACUUCCCGUGGGCCCUCCAUAACCUGGUGCCCUUUGGCCUCUGGUGUGGGGCGCCCAAGCACGACACUCACCACCAGCGACCCAGCACUAACUUUGCCCCAUUCUUCUCUCACUGGGACUGGCUGGGCGGCACACACACUGUGCCAACUCCCUCCAGCCACGCUGCAGCCGGAGAGCCAGACAAGACGAAAUGUAGAAAAGACUGAAGAGCCUGAGUUAAUCUCUCACUGACUCCGUCCCUGUUUUACUCAAACUGCCUCUUUUGUACCCGCUCUCAUUCCAGCACACUUGUUUUUUUUGUCUCCUCUCCGCAGUUUCUCUCCUUCCCGUCUGUUUGGUGUUAUUAUAUCGAUCACUUCCAAUGCUCGCUAACAGUCUAGGAGUUUUGAUUAUCACUCUAACAUUUCUUAAACUGUUUGAGAAGAAUGAUCUUUUAUGUCUUUUUCAUGUGAAAGUACUGUCAUGUUGUCUCAGCGGCAUUCUCAGGUCCGUUUACACACAUGUGCGGCAUGUUUGAGCUACCUUGACAAAUAAAAGCAGAGUAUA